CUGCGGGACGAGCCACACACACUCACUCACACACACACGCUCACACACACUCACUUUCACAGGUUAGAAGACACUCAGGAGUUGAUAUCGGAGUUCUGUUCAUGGCAGAGAUCUACAGUGGUGGGCAGUUGCAGCACUUCAUUGACGGUUAUGAUGUCCGGCUCAGCAACUGGAUGCGUUACGUUAACCCGGCGCGCUCGCUGGCCGAACAGAACAUGGUGGCGUGUCAGAAUGGGCCGGAGAUCUUCUUCUACACCCUGCGGCCGCUGGAGCCCAAGCAGGAGCUGCUGGUGUGGUACAGCCCCGAGUUCAGCCAGAGACUCUGCGGACAGCAGGACACGCCGGACAGCACAAGCACAAAGUACACAUCAGAUAUGGAGUACCAGAAGCCUCCUCUACCUCAGUACACAUAUUACCCCAAACACCCCUCGAACCCACAAAACCAUCAAUACGACACAAAUAAAGACGACGACGAACCUGAAGAAAAGAUCGACAUCGAGAGAGACACGCCGCCAGACACUCCAGACGAGCAGAUAAUGGACUUCAGCAAGAAGAUCCACAAGUCAGAACCAAUGCAUGAAAAAACAAACAUUUACCCGAGCCUGUCUCCACCGCAGGACGUCCCGCUGCAUCUACACAACCUAUACGGUCACCGAGAGGGUUUGAUCUCCUCAUAUCCAUCAAUACGGUCUCCAUAUCCACUUUUACCGCAGUAUAACCCUCAUUAUCAGCACAUGCUCAUUCCUCCAUACUCUCCUCCGUUCACUUCAAUGCUUCCCACAAAGCCAGCCCACCGAUACGGCUUCAUAAAUCCUGACGGUUUGUCAUAUCCUUCAAUACCACCGUCAGGUUUAUUACCUGUAUCUCUUCCAUAUCCUAACACACUCCACGGAGGAUUAAACGAAAGAGGGUCCAAUACUCCCCCCAGAGGAGCACCUGCAACUCCAGAACUUUCCCCUCAGACUUCUCCUUUCCAGACGCGUUAUUCUGAAUGCGAUGAAGCCAUAAAUCUGAGUCUGACUACACCUAAGAGCACACCGCCUCCGUCAGCGUCUCCAACCAUGAUUCCUGGGUAUAAAUCGCUCCCGUAUCCACUGAAAAAGCAGAACGGGAAGAUCAAAUAUGAAUGCAAUGUCUGUAUGAAGACUUUCGGACAGCUCUCCAAUCUUAAAGUGCACUUGCGAGUUCACAGUGGCGAAAGACCAUUCCAGUGCAACCUGUGCAAAAAGAGUUUCACGCAGCUCGCCCACCUACAGAAACAUCACCUGGUGCACACCGGGGAGAAACCACACGAGUGUCAGGUAUGCCACAAGCGCUUCAGCAGCACUAGUAACCUGAAGACUCACCUGCGUCUGCACUCAGGUGAGAAGCCAUAUCAGUGUAAGCUCUGUGGAGUGAAGUUCACGCAGUACAUCCACCUGAAGCUCCACCGCCGGCUGCACAGCUCCCGCGAGCGGCUUCACUCCUGCGCCGCCUGCAGCCGCAGCUUCAUCCACAGAUUCUCCCUGCGCCUGCACCAGCGCUGCGGCUGCUGUCCUGCUGGCCGGCCCCAGGCCCCGGAGACUCUGAGGCGUGCUGCGGAGCUUCUGGAGCGUUUUGAUGCCAGUGCCGAAGCAGAGGCACUGCCGGAGAGCGCGGCGGAGCCUCAGGUGGAUACAGCACUGGAGGAAUGGCUGGCCCGCAGUCUGCAGAGCGGAGAGGAGGACGGGCUCCUGAGGGCCUGCACUGGAGCCCCACAGCAGCAGGACAGGGCCACGGUGGUGCACUUCAGCCACAGAUCCUCCAUUAAGACUGAGGAGGAGUAGAUGCUCAUGUACAGUGUGUUUCAUUCAGGUCUACACCCGGCCUCGUCUUGCAAAAAAACAAAGUGGUAAUGCUUUAUUUUACAGGAGUGUUGAUAAGGCUGUUAUGAUGCCCUUUAUAAUCAUGACAUGACACAGAAGCUGUAUAAGAUGCAUGCUUAUGACAAGUGUCUUUGGCUCAG